AAUUUUGCUUUUUUCCGCAGAUAAUUUCGCAAUGGGAACCCGUUUCCCGCAUCAAAACUCGAUAAAAAACGGCCGGAGCUCGUCCACCCGCGAAGGCAACAAUUUUCGGCGACCAGAAGGGACAACCGAGCACGAUGCCGUCCAUCAGCGGUUCCUGGAGCAGGAAACCCCAUCCGAGCGGGUCGUUUGUCUGUCCUGUGGAACUGACUUUCCGAAGCAAACCAUUGCCGACGUAAUUAGACACUACGCGGACCAAGUGCACGCUCAAUUCUAUACCAGCUGCCUGUACUGUCAGGGAAAGAUCCACCGCUAUCGGGACGGAAAAGGGACGCUGCAGUUGUAUCACGAUUGCUAUCGAUCCACCAACAAGCUGGAUCAGUGACUGACGGGUGCGGUGCGAUUCCAGCCAGGCUAACUUAUACAGUUAUUUAUUAUGUUUCUUUUAGCAGUUGCGUACGAUAGAUCACCAAAUCUUUAACCAGAGAUGCUAACGUUCCAAAGAUUAGAUUAGCAUACAAGUUAGCUUAUGUUUAUUAUUCUCAAAAAUUUACUGUGAAGACUGAUAACAACAGCAUUCCAUCAGCAUUUACA